AGUAAGGAUAAUGUCACUUGGUCCGACAAAUCUCAAUUUGCAGAUGGUUUCAUGGAUUCAUCCUGCAUUGUAUGAACGGUUUGCCUGGUGGUGGUGCAGUGCAAUGGGCAAUGUUUUUUUUAUUUUUUUUCUCUUUUCUGGGGACAAAUUAAGCCUCAUAAUACCAAAUGAGUUUUGUUUAAAUGCCACACACUACCUAAGUUUUUAUUUUUUGUUAAUUUAUUUAUUUUUAAUAGCAUGUAUCUCUACAAUACAGCCACAGUAUUCUACUGUCUGCUUCCAGCAUUUUAACUCACUGCUGCAAAAUACAAAUCAUCUCAAGCUGUUUCAACAAACAUGACAUCGACUUGAGUGUAUUUCAGUGGCUUACACACCCACCAAAUCUUAAUCCAUGUUAUUAUUUUGCUGCGUGGUUUGGCUCCACUUGUCGUCUUAGAAGGAAACAUCACUGCAGAUCAGUACAAGGUUCUUCUUUCUGUCUUUUAUCCUAUGAUGAAACCCUUCUAUCCUGAUGGGGUGGUCUCUGCCAGAAUGACAAUGUCCCCAUCCACAGGUUUGUAUGAAAAUGAUGUGAGAUUGGAGAUUUUGGAGCAGUAUGUUAGUACUCUCUACCACCAUCAUCAAAAUAACACCUGAUAGAAAAACUUUUGGAAGAACAGUGUUCAUUCCUCCACUACAGUUUCAGAGUCUUAUAGAAUCUAUGCCAAGGUGCAUUGAAGCUGUUCUUGUGGCUAAUAGUGGCCCAACACCUUAUAUACCUAAAAUCCUUUUUGUUGUUGUUUUUUUCCCUUUGAUUUGUUUUGUGUAUGUAUGUGCAUAUACACUCAGUGGUCACUUUAUUAGGUACAUCUACAAUGUAUCUACAUGCACUGAUUGUUUUAUUCCAUAGACUCAUGGUAUAAGUGCACUUUUUAGGCCAAAUAUUAUCUGAUUGCUGCUGGUCUAAUGGUGGUCACUUUCCAUUGAUGGACAGGGUAGGGGGCCAACAAAUAAUCCAGAACCUGAUUAUCAGUGUAAAUGCAAGGUAGGUACAACUAAUAAAGUGGCCACUGAUUGUAUGUAUGAAUGCUUGUAUAUAUAUGUAAAAUGUUUAUUAUUUUAGGUCAUGAAUUAUGAUAGCAAUUUUGUUAUUCAAAAGUAAAAUCAUUUGUCAGUAGCACUAAUAUAAUUUGUGACAUUGAACCAAUGCAUGAAAUGGAUGGAAAGUGAAAUAAAAGAUUUUUAAAAAGUGAUUGUUAAAAAAAAAUUAACCCAAUAAGUGUAUAUCCUUCUAGAUAAAACUUUUCUAGAUUUUAACUUGGGUAAUUUUUGACCUGAAAUUAUUUUGAGGGCACUUUUACACAGGAAUAAAUCCAUUACUUCCAUAUUUCUUCAUGCAAUAUGUACACUAUAUUAAGGAAUAAGUAUGAAGAUUGAUUUUACCAUAUAAUUUAAUAUUGAUCAGCUCAUAUUGACAAAUUAUGUGAGCAACAGUGAAACUCCAAAAUAAUUCCUGCUUUUUGCUGUUGGCUCUCUAGAUAAGUAGAUAACAUUAAUAAGUAAAUUAACAACAUUGAUGUUGGCUAAAUAUUAUUUUGUUGUGAAAGAUUCUGGCAAAAUUUAUUUGGUUGGUGGUUACCAAGAUACUCUUGUUAGGUAUAUCUCAUAUUAUUUUAACAUACUGUUUAGUGCAAUAGUAUUUGGCUUGGGAAAUAUCCUAAAAACCUAAUAAGAUGUGAAGCUUAAACAUAACACUUUUGUUGAAUCCUAUUAUUAAAAACGAUUCAAAUAUUCAAGGCUGAGUAUUCAAUCCUGAAUAUGUGAUGCUUACAUUGCAUAGAUGAUCUAUUAAUCUUCAGUUUAUCUUCAGUAAGGUGGAAAUACACCCUGGAAUGGACAUGGGUCCAUUGCAGGGUACCAUGCAUACACACAUAUUCAUACUUAGGGGCAAUUUAGUGUAGCCAAAUUCACCUACUGGCAUAUUUUUUGUAGUUGGGAGGAAACCAGAGUACCCACAGAAAAGCCACGCAGACACAGAGGGAACCGGCAAAACUCCACACAGACAUUAACCUGAGCUCAGGAUCAAAGCGGGGACCCUGGAGCUGUAAGCUGGCAGCGCUGUCCCUGCCAUCACCGUGCCAUCCUGUGUCUAAUAUUAUUUACACUCACUGAGCACUUUAAUAGGAACACUACACUAGUACUGGGUAGGGCCUCCCUUUGCUCUCGAAACAGCCUCAAUUCUUCAUGGCGUGGAUUCCACAAGAUGUUGGAAAUAUUCCUUUGAGAUUCUGGUCCAAGUCAGCAUGAUUACAUCAUGCAAUUCCUGCAGACUUUUCAGGUGCACUUUCAUGCUGCGAAUCUCCCGAUAUAUGACAACCCAAAGGUGUUCUACUGGAUUCAGAUCCAGUGACUGGAAAGGCCACUGAAGAACUUUGAUCUCACUGUCAUGUUCAUGAAACCAGUUUGAGAUGACUUUUGCAUUGUGACAUGGUGUAUUGGCAUGCACAUGGUCAGCAACAAUACUCAAAUAGGCUGUGGCAUUCAAGCAAUGAAUGAUUGGUAUUAACAGGCCCUUAAGUGUGCCAAGAAAACAUUCCCCACACCAUUACACCACCUCCACUAGCCUGGAUUGUUGACACAAGGCAGGUUGGGUCCAUGGGUUCAUGCUGUUAGCGCCAAAUUCUGACCCUACCAUCUGUGUGCUUCAGUAAAAUCGAGAUUCAUCAGACCAGGCUACGUUUUUCCAGUUUCAACUGCCCAGUUUUGGUGAGCUUGUACCCACUGCAACCUCAGCUUUCUGUUCUUGGCUGACAGAAGUGGAACUUCAAGGUGGUCUUCAAGGUGCAACAUGUUAUGCAUUCUGAGAUGCUUUUCUGCUCACCACAGUUGUACAGAGUGGUUAUGAGUUACUGUAGCCUUUCUGUCAGCUCGAACCAGUCUGGCCAUUCUCUGUUAACCUCUCUCAACAAGGCGUUUCUGUCCACAGAACUGUGUCUCUCUGGAUGUUUUUUCAAUAUUGCACCAUUUUGAGAAAACUCUUGAGAAUGUUGUGUGAAAAUCCCAGGAGAUCAGCAGUUAUAGAAAUAUUCAAACCAGCCCAUCUGGCACCAAAACUCAUGCCACAGUCAAAAACACUGCGAUCACAUUUUUCCCCAUUCUGAUGGAUCAUGUCAACAUUACCCGAAGCUGCUGGCCACUGUCUGCAUGAUUUUAUGUAUUGCACUGCUGCCACAUGAUUAGAUAAUUGCAUGAAUGAGCAGAUGUACAGGUGCUCCUAAUAAAGUGCUCGUUGAGGGUAUAUUCAAUAGCCAACUGAAAUUCGGUGUACUGCAUUGGGGUUCUGAACUGUAAGUGAAUUUCUAAAAUUAACAGGGUUACUUUAAAAAAAAAACACAUCAUGUUUCUUCAGUGUUUGGCAAGCAUUUAAUAGGGUUAAGAAUACAAACCAUCAAGAAGCUCAAACAGUAUGCUCAUCUAUAGUUUCUUUAGUGUUCUUUGUAACUUAGCAAUAACUGGCCACUUGGGGGUCUGGUGCUUGGACCCCGUAGAUCGCUGCUUGUGGCUGUAUUAUUAGGCUACGUACAGUAUAUUUAUUAGCCUACAUAUGAUGAUAUUCAGGUGUUUGAACACCCCAAAAAUCCACCUCAUCACACACACAAAUCUCCAUGCAGAAAGGAUUUAAUUUAAACACAAUAUCUGAUUAUUCUAUUUUCAAGUACAAUACAAAGAAUGUGCAGAAUGAUGCCUUCAGCACUGGUCUCUAUUGGAGUGAGAGCUGGCACUAAGGCACUAGGAUUUCUGAUUUUUUUUUUUUUUUUUUUAGCCUACAAAAUAUUUAUAAUAAAUCUUAAAAUAAAAUAUAUAUUAAUAUAUAAAAUAAAUAUUAAAGUAUUUAUAGUAAACAGGAAACCUAGCUAAAUAGAAAAUCGUUUAUUAAAACGUUAUGCAUUAAUUCUAUAUUUGUUAUAUUCUAGCUGACUUCAAUAGCAGUAGGGCUUAUGAAUUUAUUUUUGAUUAGCCCAAAUAUUUUCUUAAUGCAUUAUGUAUGCUAUUUCGAUAGAGGAUUAUAAUGCAUAAAUUAGAGGUGUCAUUUACCUGAUUUGACCCUAUAUCUAAUCACCUAGACUGCAGUAGGACUGAAUUGGAGUUUAUAAAUCAGGUUAUUGCAUAUUUAGUAGGGCUACAAACUGUAUUUAUUGCUAAAUUUAUGUCGCAUUUGUUGUAGAACACCAUCCUAGCUAACCAGCUCCAUCCAGUUUUGGCUACCAAAUAAACUGGGCUAUGCUUUUGAUGAAGGAUGUUACAUCCCAAAUGGCUUCCUGCUCUCUAUAUAAGCGCACUGAAUAAUAAUAAUAGAGCGUGUUCUACUACUCACUAUGUAGUGGACUUGAGUGCUGGAUAUAAGCGCUUUGGGAUUUAGCCGGACUUCCGCAUAGUGACGCAACCGAGGCCACGCCCACUGUUAUGGCGCUUCCGGACUGGACGGUGUGUCUGCUUGGUGUUGCAGCCUCGAUCUGUGGAGGAUUUUGCAUUUACCGCCUCCUCAGAAGUCCUGCGAGAAGUUCAUGGAAAAGAGGUGUUGUUGCGGAUUUGAUGGCACGCACGGAGAAACCGCUGUUUUGGAUAGCGUACUCUCUAUACACACGGACCAAACUCGGCUACAUGUUUUACAAACGCCAGAUGAGAAAAGCAAGGGAGAAGUACCCAACUGGCCACUCUAAGACUGAGCCCACAACAAUAAAUGGUAUCAAGAUCAUUCCAUUACCCAUCCUGUCUGACAACUACAGCUAUGUGAUCAUUGACACAGCAUCGGAUCUCGCCGUGGUGGUGGACCCUGCUGAUCCUCGCUCUGUCCAGAGUUGUCUGGAAGAGGAAGGGGUGACUUUAGAAGCCAUUCUUUGCACACACAAACACUGGGACCACAGUGGAGGAAACAGAGCUCUAAAAAGGCACCACAGCUCAUGUAGGGUGUAUGGAAAUGCUAUGGAUAACAUCCCUGGCCUUACACACCCUCUAACAGACAAAGAUGUCAUAGAUGUUGGGACACGGCUACAGUUUAGGGCUUUCUACACCCCUGGUCAUACUGUGGGUCACAUGAUCUACCUCCUGGAUGGCAGAACUUUCGGGGGUCCCAGCAGCCUCUUCUCAGGAGACCUGCUCUUCCUCUCAGGAUGUGGGCGAAUGUUUGAAGGCACUGCUUCAACAAUGUUAUCAUCACUGGACAUAGUUGGCUCUCUGAAGGAAGACACUCUGCUCUGGCCUGGCCAUGAGUAUGCUGAAGAUAACCUGCUGUUUGCUGCAGAGGUGGAGCCUGGUAAUGUGGUGCGUGAACAGAAGUUACAGUGGGUCUUGCAACAACGAGGUCAACGACUGUGCACAAGCCCAUCUACUCUGGAAGAAGAGAAGCAGUACAAUCCGUUUUUGAGGAGCCAUGCUCUGGAUCUUCACCAUGCUCUGGGCCUGCAGCAGAACCAAGAUGAGGACUGGACCUCGUAUAGGGCCCGAGUUUUAGAGGAGCUACGCAGACGAAAGGACAUUUACAAGGGCCGAUAGGUGCCACGAAAGGUGCUUUGAUGUCAAGGAAGAAACCGAUAUAAACCCAAUCCAAGUGGCCCUGUUGUAUUCCUCACUCAGAGUGCCUGGUAUUGCUCCAGAUGGAGAUCACACACAGAAAUGUAGGCUCUGAAGUGAAAUGUAAAGGCUAGAGUUUGCACACUGAUACUAAGCUAUAUAUAUGGGCAUUAUUGAGAUACAGUUGGUUGAACACUGAGGCUAAAAUGACUGUGUGAGAGUUUUUUCAGACUUUGUAGAGUGAUUUCUAUUCUAACCUAGGUUAGUUUCUAUAUUUAAAAUAUAGAAAAUGUAAACAUUGCUAGCUCUGCACAGAACAGCUCUCCAUGUUUAUUUUCUAUUAAACCUAACACAUGAACUGGUUUAUAUAAUUAGUAGGCACUUAUGUAUUAUGUAUAUCUACCUUAUACCUACAGCCAUGGGCCAUUUCAUUAGGUAUACCUACAAUGUAGAGGCACUUUGUAUAUAUACACUUACUUACGGUAGCCCAUCUGUUACGCACAAUUGGUUGGAUACCCAUCCAACCAACCAGAGAGACCACUACCGACCAGAUACUGUUUGGGCAGUGGACCAUUCUCAACACAGCACUUACAUGGCCAUCACUACACAUAAUCUGAAGCUAGUAAUGAAUGUAAUAAAAUAAUAUUAAUGGAUUCUAAA